AUGGAAGCAUUCGAGUAUAACGCAGCGCCCGCCCGCGUCAUCUUCGGCAGCGGCACUCUCUCUAAGCUGUCAGCGGAAGUAGCUCGAUUGAACGUCUCAGCGCCCCUCCUUCUCUCCACCCCGCAGCAGGUCGACCAAGCAACACACCUCAAAACCCUCCUCGAUGGCAAAGUCGCGGGUAUCUUCACCGAGGCGACCAUGCACACGCCCUCGCACAUCACCGAAAAGGCCCUUGAAUAUGCGAAAUCAGUCAAGGCGGAUGCGGUCAUCUCGAUAGGUGGCGGGUCAACCAUCGGGCUCGGAAAGGCGAUAAGCAUUCGCACGGGUCUGCCACACAUCUGCAUCCCCACGACAUACGCGGGGUCAGAAAUGACGCCCAUUCUCGGGGAGACGCAGGACGGGAAGAAGACGACGAGGAGCGAUCCCAAGAUCCUGCCCGGCACCGUCAUCUACGAUGUUGAUCUGACCAUGACCCUCCCCGCCAGCAUGAGUGCCACCAGCGGUGUCAACGCCAUCGCACACGCUGUCGAAGCUCUCUACGCCCGCAACACCAACCCGAUCAUCUCCCUCCUCGCACUCGAAGGCACCCAAGCCCUCGCCUCCUCCCUCCCCGACAUCGUCGCGUCCCCCUCCUCUGUGCCCGCGCGCCAGAAAGCCCUCUACGGCGCCUGGCUCUGCGGCACCUGUCUCGGCGCCGUCGGCAUGUCUCUGCACCACAAGCUCUGCCACACCCUCGGCGGCUCCUUCAACAUGCCGCACGCCGAAACCCACACCAUCAUCCUCCCGCACGCCCUAGCCUACAACGCGCCCCAGAUCCCCGAAGUGAUGGCCAAGCUGGCCGCCGUGCUGCCCGGCAGCGACGGCGACGCUAUCAAGGGCCUGAAUAUCCUGCUGGAGCGCCUGCAGGUCAAGCGCGGCCUGAAGGAUUUCGGCUUCAAGGAGGAGGACGUCGACAAGGCGGCCGAGAUCGCGGUUAGUAACCCGUACUGGAACCCGAGAGCCGUUGAGAAGGAGCCCUUGAGGGAAUUGUUAAGGAGGGCGUGGGCGGGCGAGCCGGCGAGGGCCGAUCUGUAG